AUUUCUAAGAGUCAUGGAAAGCCCCUCAGUAGUUUGUGUCAAUAACUCAAACUCAUGGUUCGUUCUUUAGAUCUGUUGUCCCAUCGGAGCAUUCCAGCCCAGCUAUGCACGCGGGGCAUAGAUAAAGUGGCACUCUGAGUUUAAACAAGCCGCGCGGUGAGUGUGUACACCUGUAUGCCACUGCUUGGGUUGCUUCAAUGUAUUGAAAGCUUGAGCGUGAUAGAAGCUCUUCACCUUGGGCGGUUUCAAAAGUCGUUUACGCACUCCAAGCACUGGCAAGCAGGUGUAGACUUAGAGAGGACUUUUUGAGUGUGCCACUUCUUUCCGGCCUAGCGUGCCAUGUUCGGUCAGCCAGGGUCCGCGGUGAAUACCGAGAAAGUCCGACCUGCAGACACCAUCUCUUGUCGCGGGACUUUCUACAUCUCAUAUCAACACCAUUCUUCGUCUCUCCAUCCAAUAUUCCAACUCUCCCCGAUCAUGGAGUCCGCUCUGGGGUCCGUUCGGUCGCUGCUCCAGCCAAUAACCCAUAAUCUCCCCGCCCCGAUCACCUCCGCUGGCCGCAGCUUGCUCGGCCCAUUCUGCUACAAGACACUGGUACUCGACAUCGACCCGCUCACCUCGCCGGAAUGCCUCAAGCUCGCCAUUAGCAAAGGGCUCGGCAUCGGAAUCAUCGGCGCCAGCUCGAUCGUCAAGAUCCCACAGCUCAUCAAGCUCAUCAACUCGCAAUCCGCCGCCGGGGUCUCCUUCCUCUCCUACCUUCUCGAAACCAGCUCCUAUCUGAUCAGCUUGAGCUACAAUGUGCGACACGGAUUCCCAUUCAGUACGUACGGCGAGACGGCUCUGAUCCUGGUCCAAAACGUGGUUAUUGCCUCGCUGGUGUUGAGAUACUCCAGGCAGAGCGCCGGGGCUGCAGCAUUCAUUGCAGGUCUUGGGGCGGCGGGUGCAGCGUUGUUCCAGGAGAAUGUCGUCGAUGUGAAGCAGUUGGCUUGGCUACAGGCUGGUGCGGGAGUUCUGGGUGUUGCGAGCAAGGUUCCGCAGAUUUAUGCUGUCUGGAGCGAGGGUGGAACUGGCCAGUUGAGCGCAUUUGCGGUCUUCAACUACCUUGCCGGCUCUCUCUCCCGCAUCUUCACCACUCUACAAGAAGUCCCCGAUCCGCUCAUCCUGUACGGCUUCAUAGCCGGUUUCGCACUCAACCUCGUGCUCGCCGUACAGAUGGUCUGGUACUGGAAUAGCAGCGGAAGCAAGAAGACAAAGUCUUCCAAGCUUGAGCGCCCAAUUGUAUCUGACACGAAGAAGGCUGUGGGAAGCAGCACUAGCAAGAGUAAGGCGAAAACGCCGACUACUCGACGUAGGGGAUAGAUUGAUCAAUAAAUUCCGCAUUUUCUCAUUCUGCGACUGGCUUACGGCCAAAAUCGACUCUGACUAUGAUGGGUUGUAGCUUUGUGUGCCCAUACAGAAGCUAUUCUUGAAUUCUAAUCUUUUAAUCAAACUACGACUCAAGCGCUCCAAAGCGAACACUCUGUGAAAUUCCUAUACCGUAGACUACACGAUUUGGUCCUACUCAAAAACGGCGUGGCAUAAGUAGCACUACCUACUUUGGACUUUUACAUAGAAAGGCCUUAGGACGC